AUGCCAUACCACCGUCCAAAGUUGCAACGACCUCUCUCACAAAUGAAGUCAAAGACGCAGAAUGUAACACGGCCCAACGUAGCCCGUAAUGUACCAGGUGAGAACCAGAUGAAAAAUCAUUGAAAACGGAUGAUUCUCGACCUCGGCAGGAGUCGAACCUACAAUCUUCGGUUCCGUAGACCGACGCGUUAUCCAUUGCGCCACGAGGCCUCUUAG